CAAACAAGUCUGUUUUCCCGAAGAAAAGGGACACAGACCAAGCGCCAUGGCCUUGUCCCAAGUGAAAUACCUGGACGCCGUACCCAUCACCACAGAACGGGUCUACGAGGGCCUGUCCUUGGUGACCGUGGAGCUGGAAGGGGAUCGGAUCCCCGUGAAGAUCGAUCCGGUCUACGGGCCACAGCCCUACAAGGUUGGAGGAGCAGAGCCUGGACCCCAUGACAGCGUCCGGCUGCCGAUGAUGGCGGGCGAGAACGCUCCCAGCGGCACGCACAAGAAGUGGAGCGAGUGCACCUCUACGGAGCAACAACUCGCAGUCUAUCAAGCAGCUCGGAUGAGCCAAAAGCGCCAGGAACACGCCGAAGAACUGCGUGCGCGCUUGCAAUGGGCGCAGCAGCUGGCAGCCUUGAAGGAGCAGUCGGACAUCUACGACUGAGGCAGCUGGAGAACGGCAGCGCCUGGAGGACGGCCGCUGGAGAACUCGAGCGACGGCUUCUUCCGCCGCGGAAAAGGAGAAGCAAGCGGUUGGGAGCGAGGACACGCAUGGGAACGCUGCGGUUACGGGUGGAGUUUGGAGGUUUUAUGAACAUGCCAGUUGAAGCCAACAUGUAAGUUCGCUUGGUUGUCCUUAAUAUGAAGUUUGGAGGCGAAUGUUUGAAACAAUUGGACGGUCAG